AGACAACAUUUUAUUUACUUAUUUUUUGCUCUUGUGCUUUGCUUGAGCAGGUUUGAUAAAUGCGUUCUUCAGUCGCCACACUUUGAUUUUAACGUGCAUACUGAGCAGGGGCGAACUGACAACUCAUGGGGCCCCCAGGCAAUAGGGGAUCAUGGGGCCCUGUGUCCUUGCCCAAACUCAAGAAAGCCUAUGAAAAAGGCCCCCGGUGGGUACCAGGGGCAUCUCAUGGGGCCCCCUACUGACCCC